CUCUCUCUCUCUCUUCCACGCUCGCACUUUACCUUUGUAGUCCAGGGUGGUAGCCUGCAUGACAGCUAUCCUCAGCCAGAUGGAUGAUCGUCACUAUAACACAUACAUAGAAACCUUCGCUGGAACCUCUGAUCUAGUAGACUUCCUGAUGGAGUCCUUCCUACUUUUCAAAGACCUAAUUGGGAAACACGUGUAUCCCUCUGACUGGAUGGCCAUGAUCAUGGUACAGAACAGGGUGUUCCUGAGAGCCAUCAAUACCUAUGCAGACACAAUGAACCAAAAGUUCCUCAAUAAUGAUGACUUUGAAGUGCAGUUGUGGAAUAACUACUUCCACUUGGCGGUGGCGUUUAUUACCCAGGAGUCUCUGCAGCUUCAGCAUUUCUCGCCAACCAAGAGGAACAAGAUUCUGGCCAAAUAUGGAGAUAUGAGAAGACUCAUAGGCUUUGCUAUACGCGACAUCUGGUACAAACUAGGCAGUCAUAAGAUAUGUUUCAUCCCUGGCAUGGUGGGUCCCAUCCUGGAGAUGACUUUGAUCCCAGAGGAAGAACUGCGAAGGGCCACCAUCCCCAUCUUCUUUGACAUGAUCACCUGUGAAUAUGCACACUCUGGAAACUUCCAGAAGUUUGAGAAUGAGAUCAUUUUGAAGUUGGACCAUGAGGUAGAGGGUGGAGGAGGAGACGAGCGAUACAUGGAACUACUGGAGACCAUUCUGCUGGAUUGUGCUGCAGAGAAACCCACGCUGAGGCCACAGGUGCAGCACUUUGUCGCCUUGGUAAAGGGACUCCUCAUUCGUCUCCUUGACUACCGCACGGUGAUGAGCGAUGACAGCCGCAACAACCGCAUGAGCUGCACCGUCAACCUUCUGAACUUUUACAAGGACAUCAAUCGUGAAGGGAUGUAUAUCAGGUACCUUUACAAGUUAAGGGACCUUCAUCUGGAGGGUGAAAACUACACUGAGGCAGCAUACACACUGCUCCUCCACUCUCGCCUGCUCAAGUGGUUGGAUGAGACGUGCAAUCCCCAGUUUGAGUCUCACGGCUCCCAAACCCAGCGGCAGCUCAAAGAAACUCUCUACGACACCAUCAUCGACUACUUUGACAAGGGCAAGAUGUGGGAAGAGGCCAUCACUCUGUGUAAGGAACUAGCUGAACAGUACGAAAACGAGAUCUUUGAUUACGAGUUACUCAGCAAGAGACUGGAGAAACAAGCCAAGUUCUACGAAAACAUUAUGAAGAUCUUGAGGCCUAAGCCGGACUACUUUGCAGUGGGCUACUAUGGACAGGGCUACCCUCCAUUCCUCAGGAACAAGGUAUUUAUCCACCGUGGCAAGGAGUACGAACGCAGAGAGGACUUUCAGAACCAGCUGAUGAGCCAGUUCCCCAGCGCUGUGCGCCUCAACAUAACCACCAUGCCAGGAGACGACAUCAAGAACUCUCCUCUGCAGUACAUCCAGUGUUUCACAGUGCAGCCAGUCCUCGAGAUUCCUCCUCGCCUGAAGAACAAACCUGUCCCCGACCAGAUUAUCAACUUCUACAAGUCCAACUACGUGCAACGUUUUCACUAUUCCAGACCGGUGAGGAAAGGACCUGUGGACCCAAACAAUGAGUUUGUUUCUAUGUGGAUUGAACGCACAACCUUCACCACUGUGUAUAAGCUGCCAGGGAUCCUGCGCUGGUUUGAGGCUACUGAUUUGAAACAUACUACCUUGUCUCCAUUGGAGAACGCCAUAGAGACCAUGGAGUCCACCAAUGAGAAGAUUCUGACCAUGAUUAACCAAUACCAGGCUGACUGGACACUUCCCAUCAACCCCCUCUCCAUGCUGCUCAAUGGCAUCGUGGACCCAGCUGUCAUGGGCGGUUUUGCCAAGUAUGAAAAGGCAUUCUUUACCGAAGAGUACAAUCAGCAGCACCCAGAGGACAGAGAUAAACUGCUACGCCUCAAAGACCUCAUCGCAUGGCAGAUCCCAUUACUGGGCGGAGGGAUCUCUCUCCAUGGGAAGAGAGUGAUGGAUGACCUCCGUCCUUUCCACGAGCGCAUGGAGGAGUGUUUCAAACAGCUGAAGAAGAAAGUGGAGAAGGAGUAUGGAGUGAGAGAGCUGCCGGACUUGGAUGAGAGGAAGUCCACUCGUCCACGCUCCAUGCUGCGCUCCAUUCGUCAGUCCAUCAUCUCCAUCUCCUCCUUGCAGGGAUCAGAAUGUGGGACUCCAACCAAGCUCCAUGCAGACAGGGACCUCACCCCUGAGUCGCCCACCUCCUGGACCUCCACCCUGCCGCGCUCCAGCGGCAGCUUGAGUGCAAGUGCAGUGGAGGGGGUGAUGCUGGUGGGCGAUUCAGAGGUCAAACUGAGGAAGAGUAAGAAGAAGAAGAAGAGGAGCAGCAUGAUCUUCAUCACAGAAGAAAGAGAAAAGAUGAAUACACUGGACUGCAAACGGCUGUCCAAGAAACAGGAGUUCCGCAGUGACACCAACUUGUCUGAACCGAAUGAAGGAAAUGUGUUGCUGACCAAUGCCAACUCCAGAUCCCUGCCAGCCAUCACAGGCCUGUCCUUGGCGGUGGUGGGGGGAGCAGAGGAGGUGGACUCUGCCAGAGUCAAGAGGGACAGUAAGAGCAUUUCAGUCUGUGUGACCUCUGAUCGAACAGCGGACAGACGCUCAAGGGGCGUCAUUAACCUCCUCUUCAAGUCCAAGAGCUCCAAAUCAGACGAUGUGAAGCCCAGUGAUUCAGCCAAAGACAGUGCCAAUCAUUUCUGAAAUCCAUUUUUGUUUUUUUCUGUUUUCUUUACUUAUCUAAUACUCACUCACUCACUCACUCACUCACUCACUCACUCACUCUGUCUGUUGCCUUAACAUGAUUGAUUUUGCCUGUCAAUAAAGACUAUUUUUGUGGCAUGA